CUGGAUCCCAAUCAAAGUCUGUUCAUUUAUAUGAGCCCGGCCGCUUUCCCGAUUUAUCUAUUCCUCGAUAUAUACCUCAUUCGCGAAUUCUAAGAUAUCUAUCCUGAGAUGUACGGAUGAUAGAAAUGGCAAUAGAGAGGGAACGCGCGGUACCGGAAGAAAUAUUAGAGAAUGUUUGGGCAAGCUUCAUUCGUGAGGACAAAAUUAAGCCCGAGGUGACAGAACUGGCUGAAACAUGGGACGAGCUGCCAAGGCUCGAGCAGGGAUGCGGGUCAGGUGAUAUCUUGCAGAGGUUGCCUAGCUUGGGCAGGUGGAUGUCAAUGGGAGCCGAGGCAUGGGAGAGAAUUCUUGAGGAUUUUUAUAUUAUUCCGUCAAAUAAAGAUGGGAAAGAUGUAGGUAACUCCGAUGACCUAUUGGCAGAGAAAAAUUUGGCGCGGCCAAAAAAAAUUGUUGCGCGACACUACAGAGGUGUCAGGAGGCGUCCUUGGGGAAAAUACGCGGCGGAGAUCAGGGAUUCGAGGAGAAAAGGGGCCCGGGUUUGGCUUGGGACAUUUGACACGGCCGAGGAGGCUGCAUUGGCUUAUGACAAAGCUGCCCUGAAAAUCAGAGGCCCUAAGGCAUAUCUCAACUUCCCAAUUGAGACUGUCUCUAAGGCAUUAAUAAAACAGGACUGCUCAUCGACAAUUUCUCCUCGUAACAAAUACGAGGUGAGUUCACGGAAACGAUGUGUGAGGGAACCAGAAUUGGGAAAUGGGGCACCGAUUAUAUCCGAGGAUCAGUCCGAGUCGAAGAGGAGGACCAGCGUGAGAGAAGAAUCAUUCGAUGAUGUCCUUGAAUUUGAGGACCUGGGGGCUGAAUUGCUGGACAGUUUGCUAUCUUGUCUGUAAAUUGUAGUUCGACGAUAAUUAUUCUUUGUGGAUUUUUUUUCCCUUUUUGUGUAGAAUAUUGUUCAUUCUUUUGCAGGGUCAGUUCCUAAAUUUCUUAUAUGUAAAAAUUCUCCAGUAAGAUUGAUCCUUUUCUCUCCAACAAACUUUAUAAGCUAAUCACGUAUA